UCUUCAUCCACCAUGUCGGACGCGGCAGCUUCAGGCUCCGGCACCGGCAGCGGUAGCGCCAAAAAGAACAACGACAAUGACUACUACUUCAACUUUUACGCGUCGCUGCAGAACCAGGCCAACAUGAUCGGCGAUGUCUGCCGCACUGGCACGUAUCGCAAGGCGAUAUUGGGCAAUGCGGCGGUCGCGAUCACCAACAAGACGGUGCUGGAUCUUGGAGCAGGCUCCGGGAUUCUAUCGUACAUGGCUGCGCAGGCGGGCGCGAAGGAGGUCAUUGCUCUCGAGGCGUCGAGCAUGGCGGAGAAGAUCCAGAUCCUCGUCGAUCAGGCCAACCGCGGCGGGUCUAAUCCGCAUGUGCGUGGGCGCGUGCGCAUCGUGCGCGGCAUGGUCGAGGACAAGAGUGUUCAGACCGACGUGCUACGCAGCGGCAAGGUCGACACGAUCGUGUCAGAACCGAUUGGUGUGAUGCUCUUGCACGAGCGCAUGGUCGAGUCGUUCCUUCUGGCCCGAGACCUCUUCCUCAAGCCUGGCGGCUCUAUACUCCCAUCUGCAGGGAGUAUAUUCUUCGCGCCCUUCUCUGACGAAGGGCUGUACAACGAGACAGAGCAGAAGGCGCAGUUCUUCAACCAGACUCUCUUUGGCACCGACUACAGCGCACUGUACGAAGUCGCGCGUGCUGAGGCCUUCGCGCAACCCGUGAUUGGCAUCUUUCCACCUGGCACGUUGAUGGGACCUGCUGCACCGCCUCAGACGUUUGAUUUCUACACCUGCAAGCGCGAGGACUUGCUCGACUUCAGCGUCAAACUUGAGUUCGUGGCGACUCGCACAGCGGUAAUGCACGGCCUGGCGAGCUGGUUCGAUCUCGACUUUGAAGCGAGCACGAAGGAUAGGCCCGCAGACGAGAUUCCCGGCGACGCGGAUGCCGAGUCCGCUUGGGAGUUCCCCGUCGGACAGGCGUGGCCGUGGAGCGCUGAGCCGCCGCUCAACCCCAACCCGCCGCCUGAGGCCCCGCGCCGCGGCGUCAAAGUCACCAUGUCGACAGGGCCGAACGCACCUCGUACACAUUGGCAGCAGGCGCGCUUGAUUCUUCCCGAGCCUCUCGCAGUUAACAAGUCCGAGCGCGUCGUCGGCACGAUCCGGUUCAAGGUUAAUGACAGCCGGUCGUACGACCUCACUGUCGACAUUGGUGUUGAUCGGGGAGGCGCGGGGUCACAGUCCGACCUUCUGCGUCGCACGGCCACCUUCAACUUGUCUCAACAGACUUUCAACUAUUCGUACACUGGCGACCCGAUUCCCGGGAUGGCCGCAUAAUUCACUCGCAUGUACACCCUCCCAUAUGAGAUAUCACUGUUACUUGG